AACGAUACGGUCGGUGUGCGGAUCAGAAUAACCCUCGCUCCGUUAUCGCUCCGUUAUCGCUCCGUUUUACCCGGCAGCGAAAAGGUCUGAACUUGGAACGACUUUGUCCUCGUGCUGUUCUUCCAGAAAACAAGUGAACACGACGAUGGAGUUGUCUGCACAGCGCUGGAUCUUUAUUGUCCAUUUGGCACUGUGCCUUGUAGUUCAAAGGGUGUUCGGUGGCGAAGACCCACAGAUAGAUCCUAAGGGCUAUGUGGUGUACUGUCCAUGCAUGGGUCGGUUUGGGAACCAAGCAGACCAGUUUCUUGGAGCUCUAGCCUUCAUUAAGACUCUGGAUCGCACCAUGGUGCUACCUCCCUGGGUGGAGUACGGCAAGCCGGGGAGCAAACCUGGAUCGUCACAAAUUCCAUUUGAUACCUACUUCAAAGUGGAGCCGUUAACCAAAUACCACCGAGUCAUCACUAUGGAAGUCUUCAUGAAGAAACUUGCACCCAAAGUAUGGCCUCUGGGACAAAGGAAAGGUUUUUGCCACACAUUUCGUGGGGGUGAUUCCUGCAAGAUGAAGGAAGGUAACCCGUUCGGUCCCUUCUGGGAUAACUUCAACGUGGACUUUGAUUCCUAUGUGGAAUUUGGCGGUGGCCUCAACUACAUACCUUCAAGCUCAAAUGCAAAAAAAUGGAAUGAAAGAUUUCCAGCCUCGGAGUAUCCAGUCCUCGCAUUCGGUGGUGCCCCCGGCAGCUUCCCCGUACUAGAAGAGAACGUACCCCUACACCAGUACCUCGUGUGGUCCGAUAAGAUCGAGAAGCAAGCCAGUGACUUCAUCACAAAGAAACUCCCCGAGGGACCUUUCCUUGGAGUGCACAUGAGGAAUGGCUUGGACUGGGUGAACGUCUGCAACAACCACGUAGGAGUUGAACAAAACAGGCAUCUCUUUGGCUCGCCGCAGUGCCUAGGGUAUCGCUUUGAGCACGGGCAGGUGACGAAGGACAUGUGCUUCCCUCCUGACGACCUGGUGAAGCGACAGAUCCGGAGACGGGUCAAGAAGAUGAAAGCCAAGUCGGUGUUUGUUGCCGCUGAUGCUGACCCCAUGAUGAUGGUGCUGACCAGGAUGCUAGAACCAAUCAAGGUCCGGGUUUUGCAGUUUGACGAGCACGAGCUGCACGUGGAGCUGGCCAUUCUAGCCAGGGCUGACCACUACAUCGGUAACUGCAUAUCAACGUUCUCGGCCUUCGCCGCGCGAGAGAGGGGCGUGACCGGCAAGUCCACCUCCUUCUGGGCCGUCGACGAGGUGCUCGAUAAGGACAAGAUCAAGAAGAAGAAGAAGCGUGCUCACGCAGAGGACGAACUUUAACGUUUGUUUCAUUAGAUAGAAUUUUUGAAGUGCUCUUUUAGUUUGCUUUUGUAUUUAUCUUCCUUUGCUUUGUUUUAUUUUUUUAUAUAUUGAAAUUUGGUUGUAUUUCUCCGUUUUUUCUCAAUUAAAUUGCAUGUACAGGGUGGUGCAAAAAGAAGGAACCCACAUUUGACAGGAAUUU